UCCGAAACCGUCGGCUCGGCCUGGGCGAUCCUCGAAAACUCGACACGCUCCACGAAUAAUAGAGGAGGAGUGAAGCAGCGACUGGAACCACAUUUCUUCAUCGAGAACGCCUUUCGUACCACGCGAAAGGGGUCAUCGCCGCAUUUGUCUUUGAACCGCGACAAGAUCAGUCACGAUGCAGCUCAACAGGGCGCUCAGGUUCCUCGUCUUGGGGCUUUCGGCGGUGUCUGUCGCCGAGGCUACCUUCGCCGGCGUCAACAUUGCCGGGCGCAGGGUGAAGGCAAUUCAGCGGAGACAGGACGAUGACACGAACAACGAUCCCGAAACCACGGAGCCGCCUCCUCCCGAGCCGACGUCAACAUCGGCACCGCCGGAUCCCACUUCAGAAGAAGAACCCGAGACCACACCCCCCAUGACGUCUUCUACCCCGACGAAGCCUCCCGUCACGUCCAGCCCGGAAACGUCCGCUCCAGAACCCACGUCGUCCAACAAGCCGCCUACUUCUAGCUCGGGGGACGAUGAGGAGGAGGACUCACCGACAUCGAGCAGCGGGCCCAAGCCGACCUCGUCGGCCGAAGACGAUACCCCAGAAGAGACGACCAUCACCUCUACCCAGAUCAUUACGACCACUCGCGACGAUGGUUCACCGAUGACCCUUACUAGCAAGACUACCUCAACUCAGACCGCUGGGCUCGCGGACAACGACGGCGGCGAGCAGGAGUCCGGCAUGCCGCCGCAGACACGCGACACGGUCAUCGGUGUGGUGGUCGGCGUGGGCGGCGCCAUCAUCCUUGGCGGUCUGGCGCUGGUCGCCUGGCGGAUCUGGGGCCGCAAGAAGCACCAGGACGAGAACGACGGCUUGAUGGACUACGGCAGCGCCAUUGAGAGCAAGCCCGAGACCGGCGGCUCCCUGACCAGCCGCACGCCCUUCCAGAGCACGCUCGAGAGCUACCACGCGCCAACGCAGGUUAACACAGCGGCCAACUUUUAAGCUCCCCGGGGCCCUCCCGUCCUUCGGCACCGCGAAAUUCGCGUUUUUAUAGCCACCUUUGGCUUGCUUCGUUUGUCGAUACUUUCGGUUUCCUCGUCUCAAUUUUGGGAG